CCGCAAUUGUUAAGGACCGAUCAGCUGAUGUACAUCCAGCCCGCCAUAUGACACGAAUAUGUACGGUGGCAGAUGACAAUCUCAUCUGAGCACAAAAGCCGUCGCUUGAUACAUACAUAAAACCAGUACUCUCGGGCCCUUGACUUGAGGAAAAAGAGAAACCCAUCAAGCCCAUCAAACCCAUCUAUUAUAAUGAAGCCUGUCUAUAUCUCCGCGAUGUUACUGUACCUUUUCGCCGUCCAGGCACAACACCACAAUUCCGCACGUAAGAUUACCAUCCUUCGGAUCAUCAACAGGUACUCAGUAAAGUAUACAGGAGAAAUAAAGAUGGCUCCCGCAGACGCGCGGAGAACCCCUGCCUUGAAUCUAGAACAGACCGUCCUAGGAAUAGACGACCGCCGUACGUUGAAGCAACCGACGAAUGAUCGACGGAACUGAUGAAUGCUAGAUUGCUACCGCUGCUCGUCUCCGUGCUCGCACGCUGU